CGGCUCCGCCCCCUGCUCGCCGCGCCGGAGGUGAGCAGGAAGGAGACGGCCGCCCAGCAGCCCGUGGGCCGGCGGCGGAGUGAGCGGAACCGGCGGCCGGUGCGGUGGGACGCCGAGGCCUCGGGCGGGGGCCGGCCUGGGGUUCCAGGGGGCUGUGCGCUAAGCACCAUGAGGCGGUUCCUGAGGUCAGGACAUGACCCUGCCCGGGAGAGGCUCAAGCGGGACCUUUUCCAGUUUAACAAGACGGUGGAGCACGGCUUCCCACACCAGCCCAGUGCCCUCGGCUACAGCCAGUCUCUGCGCAUCCUGGCCAUUGGCACCCGCUCCGGAGCCGUCAAACUCUAUGGCGCCCCAGGGGUGGAGUUCAUGGGGCUGCAUCGGGAGACCAACGCUGUGGUACAGAUCCACUUCCUACCUGGCCAGUGCCAGCUGGUCACCCUGCUGGAUGACAACAGUCUGCACCUGUGGAGCCUGAAGGUCAAAGGCGGCGUGUCAGAGCUGCAGGAAGAUGGGAGUUUCACGCUGCGUGGUCCCCCGGGGGCUGCCCCCAGUGCCACACAGAUCACCGUGGUCCUGCCGCACUCCUCCCGCGAGCUCCUCUAUCUGGGCACUGAGAGUGGGAACGUGUUUGUGGUACAGCUGCCGGCCUUCCGCACACUGGAGGACCAGACUAUCAGCUCAGACGCCGUGCUCCAGCGGUUGCCCGAAGAGGCCCGCCAGCGGCGGGUGUUUGAGAUGGUGGAGGCUCUGCAGGAGCACCCCCGCGACCCCGACUGCGUCCUCAUCGGCUACAGCCGGGGCCUCGUUGUCAUCUGGGACCUGCGGGCCAGCCGCGUGCUCUGCCAUUUCCUCAGCAGCCAGCAACUGGAGAAUGUCUGCUGGCAGCGGGACGGCCACGUGAUUGUCAGCUGCCACUCCGAUGGGAGCUACUGCCAGUGGCCCGUUUCCGGGGAUGCCCCACAGCCAGAGCCUCUGCGCAGCUGCACGCCUUACGGUCCUUUUCCUUGCAAAGCCAUUACCAAAAUCUUCUGGCUGACCACCAAGCAGGGGUUGCCCUUCACCAUCUUCCAGGGCGGCAUGCCUCGGGCCAGCUACGGGGACCGCCACUGCAUCUCGGUGAUCCACGAUGGCCAGCAGACUGCCUUCGACUUCACCUCCCGCGUCAUCGACUUCACUGUCCUCACUGAGGCGGACCCUGCGGCGGCCUUUGACGACCCCUGUGCCCUGGUGGUUCUGGCUGAGGAGGAGCUGGUGGUGAUUGACCUGCAGGCGGCUGGUUGGCCCCCGGUGCAGCCUCCCUACCUGGCCUCCCUGCACUGCUCUGCCAUCACCUGCUCCCACCACGUCUCCAACAUCCCCCUGAAGCUGUGGGAGCGCAUCGUUGCCGUGGGCAGCCAGCAGCACAUGCACUUCUCCACCAUGGAGUGGCCCAUUGAUGGUGGCACCAGUCUGGCCCCAGCCCCUCCCCAGAGGGACCUGCUGCUCACGGGGCACGAGGACGGCACGGUGCGGUUCUGGGACGCCUCGGGCGUGUGCUUACGGCUGCUCUACAAGUUGAGCACGGUCCGGGUGUUCCUGACCGACACAGACCCCAGCGACAGCCUCAAUGUCCAGGGCGAGGAGGAGUGGCCCCCACUCCGCAAGGUGGGCUCCUUCGACCCCUACAGUGAUGAUCCCAGGCUGGGCAUCCAGAAGAUCUUCCUCUGCAAAUACAGCGGCUACCUGGCUGUGGCCGGCACGGCAGGGCAGGUGCUGGUGCUGGAGCUGAACGACGAGGAAGCAGAGCACAGCGUGGCGCAGGUGGAGGCCGACCUGCUGCAGGACCAGGAGGGCUACCGCUGGAAGGGGCACGAGCGCCUGUGCGCCCGCCCAGGGCCUGUGCGUUUCGAGCCCGGCUUCCAGCCCUUUGUGCUGGUGCAGUGCCAGCCCCCGGCUGUGGUCACCUCCUUGGCCUUGCACUCCGAGUGGCGGCUUGUGGCCUUCGGCACAAGCCAUGGUUUUGGCCUCUUUGACCACCAGCAGCGGCGGCAGGUCUUUGUCAAAUGCACGCUGCACCCCAGUGACCAGCUAGCUUUGGAGGGCCCACUGUCCCGUGUGAAGUCCCUGAAGAAGUCCCUGCGCCAGUCCUUCCGCCGGAUACGUCGGAGUCGGGUGUCCAGCCGGAAGCGGCGGCCAGCUGGUCCCUCUGGAGAGGGACAGGAGGGGGCGGCCAGGCCCGAGCGCGCGGGGGCGCCGAGCAUGGAGCUGGCUCCGGUGCAGCGCAGGAUCGAGGCCCGCUCGGCGGAGGACUCCUUCACGGGAUUCGUCCGGACCCUCUACUUCGCUGACACCUACCUGAGGGACAGCUCCCGCCACUGCCCCUCGCUGUGGGCCGGCACCAAUGGGGGUACCGUCUACGCCUUCGCCCUGCGCGUGCCCCCUGCUGAGCGGAGAAUGGACGAGCCUGUGAGGGCAGAGCAGGCCAAGGAGAUCCAGCUGAUGCACCGAGCGCCCGUGGUGGGCAUCCUGGUGCUGGACGGACACAGCGUGCCCCUUCCGGAGCCCCUGGAGGUGGCUCAUGACUUGUCAAAGAGCCCGGACAUGCAGGGAGGCCACCAGCUGCUCGUGGUGUCAGAGGAGCAGUUCAAGGUGUUCACGCUGCCCAAGGUGAGUGCCAAGCUGAAGCUGAAGCUGACCGCCCUGGAGGGCUCGCGGGUGCGGCGGGUCAGCGCGGCCCACUUCGGCAGCUGCCGAGCCGAGGACUACGGGGAGCACCACCUGGCUGUGCUCACCAACCUGGGCGACGUGCAGGUGGUCUCGCUACCCCUGCUCAAGCCGCAGGUGCGGUACAGCUGCAUCCGGCGUGAGGACGUCAGCGGCAUUGCCUCUUGUGUCUUCACCAAAUACGGCCAAGGCUUCUACCUGAUCUCACCCUCAGAGUUCGAGCGCUUCUCUCUCUCCACCAAGUGGCUGGUUGAGCCCCGGUGUCUGGUGGAUUCAGCAGAGACCAAGAGCCACAGCCGCCCCCGCAACGGAUCAGGCCCAGAGAAGGCCUUGGACCGAGCCAGGAACUCAGGGAGCCAGAGUGAUGGAGAGGAGAGAAGGCCCGGCCGAGUGAUGGAACAUGCUCUGCUUAAUGACGAGAGGGUCCUGAAGGAGAUCCAGAGCACACUGGAGGGAGACCGAGGGAGCUAUGGCGAUUGGCGUUCUCAGCGAGUGGCCGUGGGGUACAGUCUCAGCAAUGGGGGAGCAGAGUGAGCAGGUCGUGGGUCCAGGCCGCACCAUGAACACACACUACUGAGGGCUCUUCCCGGGGCCCGGCCCCGCCUGCGAGGACCGCGCCCUGGGCUGCGCCAGGGGCUGGAGCUGAUCCCAGUGUCCGGCCCGCUGCUGCUCUUGGCCUCGGGAGAGGCGGGACCCCGGUGCUGUGGGGCUGCCCCUCCUGGGCCUUGUCUGUCUUGGUUCUCUUGUCAAUGUUGCACAGUUUUUACUCCCUCCCCUUUUUGUAGUGGGCUGGGUUUUAAAUUAUAAAUUUUAAUUGCCUCUGGGUGAAAAAGAGUUUUUAAUAAACAUCUUAUUACCUCUUCA